AUGGUGCAUAGACGCUACCGAGAUUUCUCUGUCAUAAACUUGUGCAUUAUAGCAGGUUUGGCUAAAUUAGAGCAAUGGUGCAUAGACGCUACCGAGUAUGCAGGUUCAGCAUUGCAUGAGUUGAGGCAUAUCCGGCAGACUGUUGAUUUUCUGCUCAUUCAUGCAAAGCCGAAAAAGACCGUAGAUGAUAUAACAAGCAAAAUCUGUCCGGUGCUAAGUGUACAGCAGCUAUACAGAAUCAGCACAAUGUACUGGGAUGACAAAUAUGGCACUCGGAGUGUUUCUUCAGAUGUUUUGGAAAAGCUAAGAAUCAUGUCGAAGUACUCGAACUAUGCCAUAAGCACCUGUUUCGUUUUGGAAGAUGACAGCAUCCCGUUUAAGGUGGAUGAUAUAUCAGAGUCAAUGCAACAUGUGGAUGUAAACGACAUUGAACCUUCUCAGUUGAUUCGGGAGAACCCAAGUUUCAGCUUCUUACUCACUCGUGAAGAAGGCAGGUCAUCAGUUCUGCCCUGA